GAGCCGAGGGUCUUUACCAGCUGGCCUCCAGCGACCUUCAACGUCUUGGCAUCCUCACUCAAGGCAGCUGUCACGCAUUUUGGGGUGUGGAGGGGGCCAGGUGGUGGUGGCGGCUUGGCUGUCGUGGUGUCUGUGGUGGUUGAGCGGGCGGUAAGGCUCUGUCUUGGCGACGGGCGGUCGACGAACCUCACUGUGGGCGAUGAGUUGGUCUUGUGUUGUUGGCUGCUGCUGAGACUGCCGUGCUGUAGGGACACCGAACACGGUAUCCGGCCGCUGGCAUCGAGCCGCUCGAGGAUGUGGGCUUGGAGAGUGGCGCAGAGGGCUGCCGGCCAUGGUUCCAUCCUCUCAUGGUUAUCAGCAGAAGGGGGCGGCCCGUCUUCAGCCUGCCUCUGUGUCAGCUCCCCCAGGUCGAAGAUGCCUUCCCACUCCACCCGUGACAGCCCUCGCCCCUCACCACUACCACUAGCACCACCGUCACCCAACCACUCCAUCCGGUCAGCCUCCCGCUCGAAGGCCCACACAUCAUCACCGCCGUCUCCUCCUUGCUCGCGCAGAUGCAGUCGUGGGCUCUCAUGCGGCUGGUGGGCUCUCGCCUCAUCCGGCCGGACGAUCCUUGGCAAGACGGGCCAUGACGCCGACGUGUCGCUGGUCGUCUCGGUCUGGCGACGGGGGAGUGGGAGGCCGUUCAACUCCUCGGCGAGCGCACGGAUGAAGAAAGGCAUCGAGAAGAGAAGGAACUCCAUGUAGAUGGUCAGCUGGGCCACACACGAGAGGUGCUCCGAGGCCGUCACCCCACCCGCGGCUAUCCUCCUCGCCGUCUCGCGCGCAUAUCCCAUGACACGCGGCAUCAGAGCGCUGGCAACGAAAGAAGCAGGGAGCUUCAUUCUCUGCCACUUCCGCACUAUGACGGCCCGCAAUGCGGCGGCCGUCUCGCCCGUGGGCUCCCUCAGGUACUGCACCAUCAGAUCGAGCAGCACUUCUAGCAUGGCCUCGCUGCCGUCGGGGUCGUCAAGCGGGUCAAACACCACCAGCAGCCGCGCCAAUGCCGUCAGAGCAGCCGCACGCACCUCCACCGCGGGAUCGGCGGCGAGCACUUGCACUAGUGGGAUGAGCACCCCACGCACAGAGCGGGCAGAGCAGAACCGCCCCAGCAGGCCGACGGCGUCAGCAACCAGCUGCCGACGGGAAGCGGAGGCGUGCCGUCUCUCGUCGGCGAGAACGGUUAGAGCCUCUGUCUCGCCUUCAGGGGCCGAGUGCCAUGCCGACGCGAUGUGGACGAGCGCUCGGAGGAUGGCCAGCCGCUGGUCGGGUGUGGGGGUGGCUUGGGAGGGGGAGGGGACGACUGGAGAGGGGAGCAGCCGAAUGAGAUGGCGAAGGAAGGUCAGCCGAGCUGACGGGGAGGAGUGGAGCCUAUAGCCGGCAACCAGCAGUGGCACAAGCGCAGCACGCCUGAGGGAACAAACAAAUGACAUACAUAGAAACGGACUUACAGGACAGAGAGUGACAUUGGCUGUGUCUGACCUCGGGAGCUGACCUCGGUAUGAGGACGAAUGGGGCGAUGUUGGGAAGGCACUGCGCCAGCAGCUCAAUCAGCCGCUCCUCAUCCCUCUCCGUCACCCUCAGGUCGCCCCGCAUCAGCGGGGGAGCAGGCAGGUCCAGCACCACCUCUCCCUCCACCCCAUCCCGCAGCGUCGACUCGCCGCUCGUCUUGGACGACUCGGCGUUCUCGCCUUCCAGCGAUGUGCGCAGCGGCUCCCCCCUGCUCUCCCUCACCUCGACCAGCUGACCCUUCAGCCGCUCAUUCUCGCGCCGCAGCUCCUCCUGCACACGCAGCGCGUGACACAGGUCGGCGACUGGGUGGGCCUUGGUAUCGACAGGGCGGACGAGUCGCUCCAGGUGAAGGUGGGCGGAGGGGUGUCUUAUUACUGGCUGUGCCGUGCCGGUUUCGUCGCUGAAGGUGACGGCCGAGUGCUUGUAGCCAGAGCGGUGCAGGUAGUCCCACACGAGGCCGUUGAGGCUGUCGCGGUCCGCGUCAGAGAAAUGCUGCGUCACAGCCUCGCCCGUCUGAUCACUCCUUUCCUCCCCAUCCACCUCGACAGCUUCAGCACCGGUCGGUUUGCCGUCCGUGUGAGUGAGGUCGGUCCUCUGCUGCUUGAGCAUCAUUUGGCUGAGUCGCAUCUUGGUCACCUCCAGCUCCUCCUUGGCAAUCCGCACCUCAUACUCGAGCAGCGCCACUCGCUGCUCCGCUGAACGGUUGGUGCCCGCGCGAGACGAUGACCGCCGGUCCGAUGCUGAGGAAGCAGAAGGUGCAUGCAGCGCCUUGCCGGCGGCAACGAACGCAUCGCUGCCCCGCUGUAGGCAUGGGUCUUCCUCCUUCGUGUCGUCGAUGUUUGCUGGGAAGCACUGUGCGUCGAAGAAUGAAGUGAGCUGCGCAGGGACGGCCUGGCCUGUUUCAGUCAGCUCCUGCUUCAGCUGAUGCCAUCCACACAGACGCACACAGACACAGACACACACACACUCACACAGACUGCGGCUUCUUCCUACAUUGCCUACAUCCAUGAGCAUCCAUCAUACCUCGAGUGCCGUCAGUAGCAAUCCCCGCUCCAGCAGGUACCCCGCCGCCGCCUCAAGGCCACUCGUCGGUGCAGCUGAUGCCAUGUUUGACGAGAAACGAUCUCGGUCAGACCAUCCCUCCUUUUGUCAAAGUAUCAGCGAAUGCAUCCUCAGGUUAUUCGCUUUCACAGAAGCAUUGGCGACCAGCAUGUCAGGAUUGCCAGCUUGGCAAGACGAACCACUGCGAGCUUGUGAGCUAGGGUAGAUUGCUGUGUAACGGAGAGAGAGAGGUGGAAGAGGAGAAGAUAAGGAAAGAGAAGGAAAGCAUUCUGAGGAGACACGAUCUUAUCAGCCAUCACCGAAGUGAGAUCUGUGUUGACCACUCUUCAUGGUGCCAUACAUGGAUAAAAACAACUUUGACUGACUGGCCAGUCCAUCGGUCUUACUAAGGUAAAAGCAAGUCCAUCGGUCUUACUAAGGUAAAAGCACUCUUACUCUGGGACUUACCGCCCAGCAGAUCCUCUAUUCAGCUAACUACAGGAAAGGUCCUCACUGUCGGGGUCGAGUUGAUGGUGUAUCUGUGAUGGUGAAGAGCGGAGAUGGUGGGCAUGAUGGACGACGACCUGGUGAUGUGGACGUGCUGACGACGAGGAGCUGUUCGACACAUGUUACUCUUUCCCCUUCCCUCUACCUUCUUGCUUUGCUGCAUCGGGAUGGGCACGACAAGGAGCAGCUCGACACGACAGCGAAUGACCAGCACGUCAUGACCGAACAAGCAGAGCCGAGAAGAGAAGUGGAGAAGAUGCAGAGACGAGAAGAGGAGUGAAGAAGCAGAAACGAGAAGAGGAGCGUGUCUGUCUUUACACGACGUGAUGGCUGAC